UGCAUGCCCAGGAGUUCAAGGCCAGUUCAACAGAGCUUACCAUUCGUAGCCUCGCGACGUAGCUCAAACUGGGGUAAUCAGUUGCGAGUCUUGGCCGUUGAGCUCUCUUUCACAUUGAGUCCAUGUGUUCGCAUACUUGUUGUUCCUUUUCGACACAUCCUAUUUGAAUAUAUGUACGGUUUGCUGCUUAUCUUGGUGCGCACAUAUCGACAGGAAGACGAUAGCAUUGCAUCGCUCUGGCCACUGCAGACAAAGUGUAGCCCUCGUCGUGUUCACCAGUAUUCGAGCUUUCAGACGUUCGGUGACGACGAAGAACAGGCACAGAAAAAAGCUCACUAAAUAUUCUGCAUUGAGACAGCGCCAUCCAAGAUGUCAGGCGCAGCCAAACGACUCGCGGGCCUGACCGCGCAGUUCAUGCCGUCUUCUAUGCGGCCUCCGUACACAUCAGAUGCCUACGAUCACACGCAUCACGUUCACCAGCUGAGUCCGACCCUGUUCCUUCCGCGCGCUGCUGCUAUAGAGCCUGAUGCGAUUGCGGUUCAUCAUCUGACCGCUAAUGGGAAGACCUUGCGGAGGACGUACGCGCAGACGGCAGAUCGAGCACGAGGGCUAGCCUACUUUUUGUUAAAGCAUGGCUAUAGACGUGUUGGGAUCCUGAGCACUAAUACUCCAGCAUUCCUCGAGGCCUUCUAUGGCAUCGGAGGCGCCGGCGCGGUCAAUGUCGCCAUCAACUACCGCCUGAAGCCGGACGACAUUAGCUAUAUUUUCGAGCACGCUCAGGUGGACUUUAUCAUUGUGGAUGCAGAAUUCAAAUCUCUCCUCGAAGACUUUGCUCAGAGUCAUUCGCAAAUACCCUUACUCGUGGAUACGGACACGGAUGAGGAUUCGGGACCAUAUGACCAAGCAGUCUUGGAGGGACUCAAACACGAUGAACAAAGCGGCGGACACGGCUGGGCAGGCUUAGCAACCGAAACCCACGAUGAGAAUGCGAUCAUGGCCUUGGCGUAUACUUCGGGCACUACUGCGCGUCCGAAAGGAGUUGAGUACACCCACCGCGGCGUAUAUCUCGCGGCGAUGGCGAAUAUUGUCGAGAGUAACCUCAACUCCUCCUCAGCACGAUAUCUAUGGACACUGCCGAUGUUUCAUGCCACGGGCUGGACUUUUCCAUGGGCCGUCACAGCUGUGCGAGGCACUCACUACACGCUUCGAAAGAUUGACUACCCGUAUAUCUGGAAACUUUUGAAGGAACAAAAGAUCAGCCAUUUCAACGCAGCGCCAACUGUGAAUACGCUGCUUUGUGCUGACCCAAAUGCGAGUCGACUACCCCAACCUGUUCGAGUAACAGUCGCUGCGAGUCCGCCCUCGGCUCACCUGUUCGAGACCAUGGAGAAUCUCAAUCUUCUCCCAGUCCAUGUUUAUGGCAUGACCGAGACUUAUGGGCCCAUCACCAAAGGUUAUCACAUGCCCGCUUGGGCUGAUCUUCCCAGCAAGGAGAAAUACGCCAAGAUGGCUCGGCAAGGACAUGGUUUCCUGACGUCCUUGCCCGCGCGAGUAAUCAAGACCGCUUCCGACGAAGACGAAUCUGGCGGUUGGACAUCGGGCAACCACAUCGAGGAUGUCGCAAAGGACGGCCGCGAGAUCGGCGAGAUUGUUUUCGUCGGCAACAUUUGCGCGCGGGGCUAUCACGCUGACCCGGCCGCCACACGAAAGCUGUUCGCUGGCGGGGUUCUGCACUCAGGGGAUCUGGCGGUUUGGCAUCCGGAUGGCGCCAUCCAAAUCCUCGAUCGAGCUAAAGACAUCAUCAUCAGUGGUGGCGAAAAUAUCUCCUCUGUCGCAUUGGAGGGCUUGCUCGUGACACAUCCGGAUGUGCUGGAAGCAGCGUGCGUGGCGGUGAGCGACGAACAAUGGGGCGAGCGGCCAAAGGCUUUCGUUACCGUCAAGACAGGCGGUGACAAGAAGAGCAAGGUGACAGGCGAUGAACUUAUUGCGUGGGCUAAAGAGCAACGAGGAAUCAGCCGUUUCAUGGUUCCGCGCGAGAUCGAGGUGAUCGCCGAGCUGCCCAAGACAACGACGGGAAAGGUGAGGAAGAACGUCCUCAGAGAUUGGGCAAAGGGCGGAAGGCGAGAGGUGGAGAGCUCAUGA